AUAAAAAAAAGGAACAUAACUAUGGAAAAUGCAUAACUCACUGGUUUCCAAAUUGCUGCUGCGUCUGCUGUUGCUGUUCGCCUUGGUGACAGUUGCCUCCAUUGUGAUUCUUACAAAAUGCGGUUUUGACGAACUUACGGCGAGGGAAACGCAACCCAGUAAUCCCAGUGAAUCCAAUGGAUUUAGUUACUCGCUGAGCGAACGCGAGGCGGAAAUUGAGCGGCUAAAACAAGAGGUGCUCACGCUUCGCACUCAGAUCCUGUUUCUGCAGAACAAUCGGAGUACUGGCAAGCUGUCCAAUGGCAGCAGUCUGCAGCUGCAGGAAACCACCGUCGGUCCAUCGACUGCCCCACUGGGGCACCACUACGACUGCAGCAGCUAUAUCCGCAAACAGGUGGGCGCUGCCGAAAUUCUGCACGGACUGCCGCUGAACAACGAGUACGAGCUGAUACCCUUCAAUCACUUCACCUUCACCCGCGUCUAUCCCAUCGACUUGGGUCUGGGCAAGCGGGUGGUGGAGAAACCCAUCGGCUAUCGACGACGUGACCUGAUCGAUGCUGUCAACAAGGCUCUGGAGAGCCUGAACCGGAAUCAUUCGGCGAGGAUACGGGCCAAGGCAGCUGGUUCCCCGGUUGGACCGCCCUCAGAUGUGAUCAAAUACACCCUGGAUGACUUCAUCGAGGGCAUAUACCGCAAUGAACCCACCACAGGCACCCAGUAUGAGCUGUAUUUCCAGAGUGUCAAGAACCAAGCCAGUCCUGUGAGAAGAGCCCUCGUCAUGCGACCCUUUGCCCCCCUGCAAACUGUGCAGCUAUCGGAGCUAUCCCCCAAUGUGGCCAGUGGUGGUAGGGCCACUCCAACUCGCGGUCCGCCCGUCAUCCAUGUGAUACUGCCCUUGGCAGGACGUCUGCACAGUUUUCGCAGCUUCCUGCAGAUGUUCGACAAGUUCGAGGAUCCUCGAUUGGAGCUAAUUGUGGUGUACUUUGGCACUAGCGGACUGGCACAAGCCAAAAGGCUGGCAGGACGAUCUAAAAGGACACAGUUUUUGGCUCUCAAUGAGACUUUUAGCAGGGCCAAAGCUUUGAGACUGGGAGCGGAACAUAUCCAACCUGCCGCUGAGGACGCACUGCUCUUCAUGUGUGACGUCGAUAUUAUGUUCACAGCCAGAUUUAUGGAGCGAUGUCGCUGGAAUGCCGCUCCAGGCAAGAAGGUAUACUACCCGGUGGUGUUUAGCCUGUACAAUCCGCACGUUGUGUACACGCUGCAGGGCAAACCCUUGCCUGGCGACGAGGAGCAGCUGGUGAUCUCACGGGACACUGGGUUCUGGCGGGACUUUGGCUACGGGAUGACGUGUCAGUACCGCUCGGACUUUGUGCAGGUGCGCGGCUUCGACGAGGAGGAGAUCGUUGGAUGGGGCGGCGAGGAUGUGAUGCUCUACCGCAAAUACGUUCGCUCAAAGAUCAAGAUCAUCAGGGCCACCGAUCCGGGCAUCUUCCACCGCUGGCACACAAAGAUCUGUUCCAACUCGCUGACAGCCGAUCAGUAUCGCGCUUGCAUUCGAUCGAGGGCUUUGAAUGAGGCCUCGCAUGCCCAACUUGGAUUCCUGGCCUUCCGGGAUGAUAUAGCUGCAGCAAAUGCCGCCAAGAUGGUAUCGUGAUACUUGGCUACAACAAAGGUAUCCCUAAUCGCUUGGCUUUUCUAUCUUCGGCGAAUAUUCAAGUGUGUGUAAAUGAAGAGCAGUGUGAUUUAUAUUUUUGUAUAUUUUCUAAAUUCAACAUCAUAAGUCUUGGUAACCGUUUUCAUAUAGGAAGGUCUUAAUUUAACGAAAAUAAGUUAUUUAAUUAUAUUUUGAAUAUUAGCCAAAUGUUAGUAACAAAGCCAAUGCCGAAAACGUAUUUUAAACAUCUUUUUUAGAUAGAAUAUUUGAAUAUUUGUGAUAUUGCUUUCAUAUUUAAGCUAUUAAAUCAUUUUUAAGUUGGCUCGGCUUAAUUGAAAGUUCAUUUUUAUAUAACCAAAUCAUUUAGACUACUGCCGCUGUUUCACACAUGCGAACACACAUGCUCUGAGCUAUAAGUAUGUACAACUUGAGACAAUAACUCGUAUUUAUCAGAAUCGUUGAACUAGCUUAAUUGUUGAUCUUGUAGCGCCCUCGAAUGUGCCACACACACACACACACAAAUCGCACUGUACACACACAUCACAAAUUGUUCUUCCAUGACGAAAACUAGAUGCAAUCUCCAGAGCCCAAGAAACUAUAUAUAUUUGCGAGUACCAUAUCGAAUCUGUAUCUCAAACUGAGCCUAACAAAUCUGCCAGACUGUUGCGCGCUUUGUAAAAACUAAAUUAAAUCGUUUAAUUAAA